AUAAAAACUUACUCUACUCGUUCUUUUCAUUCUAUAUACAAAUUCACAUCACAACCUCUCUCUCUCUCUAUCUAUCCUCCCCUCUCUCAACAUUCUUUCAGUCAACGCCGCCGUGCACCACCGCAACACAUGGAAGGCGGCGACGGCGGAAGUAGUUCACCAACAUCAAGCGGUGAAAAAAGAAAGAAAAGAGACGUCGACAAACCCUAUAGAGGAAUAAGGAUGAGGAAGUGGGGAAAGUGGGUGGCCGAAAUUCGUGAACCAAAUAAACGUACACGAAUUUGGCUUGGCUCUUACUCAUCCCCUAUUGCGGCAGCCCGUGCUUACGAUACCGCGGUUUUCUAUCUGCGUGGGCCCUCAGCACGUCUCAACUUCCCCGAGUCAAUUGGAGAUGAUGGCCAUCUUCUUGACUUAUCGGCUGAUUCCAUCCGUAAAAAGGCUACUGAAGUUGGAGCUAAAGUGGAUGCGUUACAAAACCAAAACGGGCACACAAAUCGUGGUUCGAGUGAGCCGUACUCGGGUCCCGACCUCAACGAAUACCCGAGUCCAGAAUCCUCGGACGAAAGUUAAAAUAAUUUAAGAGGGUCAAUUAAAUAUGUACGUAACCGAUUGAUCAUCUAUGGAGUCUCACACCGACCGACCAGCAGUCUCAGGACCAACAUGAAUGAAGACUUGAAGAAAGUUAAUUAUAUAAGCGUGUUACGGAAUUGAACCAAUCAAUAUUUACUAGCUUGUUGAUAUGGAUAUGGAUAUGGAUAUUAAGGGGAAAUUAAUCAUCAGAGUUAGUCUUCGUUAAUUUUUGGUUGGUAUUUAAAGGAAAAAUUAUUAUUAUUAUUAUAGUAUAUUAUAUAGUUUAUAAUUUUAAUUAUAGAUAGAUGACAGAGGGGAGAGAUGUAUAAUCCGAAGGGAUUAAAGAUGUUCAUCGUCCCAAAGUUUAUUAAUUAUUGUUAUGUUAUUGUUAUAUGGUUUGCUUAAUAAUUUAUCAACAAAUAGUUGUAAAUUAAUUUAAUUAAUUAAGCAAUUGAAGGUAUGGUUGUAGCUUCAUUAA